CGUACUUCGUACUUGGUCUCUCGUCGGCUCAAGAGGUACAUUUCUCGGCUUGAGAUCCAACUUUCGAGACUACUUCUGUCUCAGUUCCUUCUUCCCCGUCGUCAACUUUUUCUUCUUCCUUUUUCCUCGUCCGUCUCCUUCCACCUCCCAUACCAUAUCGGCCCGUGGUCAUCGCCAUAUUCUCCUCUUAUUCUCCUCUCCUCGUCAUAGUCGAUCCUCAUUGACUUUCCUCCUCCCUUCCUACCUCACCGACUUCUUCCACCGGUCAAAGAAUGGCGAUGAACGUCCGCACCACCACCAGGGCGCUUGGUGCUCUCCGCCCCAUGGCGGCCCGCGCUGCUGUCAACGUCCGCCCCUACUCCUCCUCCUCCUCCGAGCCCGACCUCAAGACCACCCUCAAGGAGGCCAUCCCCGCCAAGCGCGAGCUCCUCAAGAAGGUCAAGGCCCACUCCUCCAAGGUCAUUGGCGAGGUCAAGAUUGAGAACACCCUCGGCGGCAUGCGCGGCCUCAAGGCCAUGGUAUGGGAGGGCUCCGUCCUCGACGCCAACGAGGGCAUCCGCUUCCACGGCCGCACCAUCAAGGACUGCCAGAAGGUGCUCCCCAAGGGCAAGACCGGCACCGAGAUGCUCCCCGAGGCCAUGUUCUGGCUCCUCCUCACCGGCCAGGUCCCCUCCACCAACCAGGUCCGCCAGUUCUCCCGCGAGCUCGCCGAACAGGGCCAGCUGCCCGCCUUCGUCAACAAGAUGCUCGACGACUUCCCCAAGGACCUCCACCCCAUGACCCAGUUCGCCAUGGCCGUCUCCGCCCUCAACUACAACUCCAAGUUCGCCAGGGCCUACGAGAACGGCCUGGGCAAGGCCGACUACUGGGAGCCCACCUUCGACGACUGCAUCUCCCUCCUCGCCAAGCUGCCCACCAUCGCCGCCAAGAUCUACCAGAACGCCUACCGCGGCGCCGGCGCCCUCCCCGCCGAGAUCGACGUCGGCGAGGACUGGUCUUACAACUUUGCCGCCAUGCUGGGCAAGGGCGGCAAGGAGAACGAGAACUUCCAGGAUCUCCUCCGCCUCUACCUCGCCCUCCACGGCGACCACGAGGGUGGUAACGUUUCUGCCCACGCCACCCACCUGGUCGGCAGCGCCCUCAGCGAUCCUUUCCUCAGCUACAGCGCCGGUCUGCAGGGUCUGGCCGGUCCCCUGCACGGCCUCGCCGCCCAGGAGGUCCUCCGCUGGAUCCUCCAGAUGAAGGAGGCCAUCCCCGCCAGCUACGGCAAGGAGGAAGUCACCAACUACCUCUGGUCGACCCUCAACUCGGGCCGCGUCGUCCCCGGCUACGGCCACGCCGUCCUCCGCAAGCCCGACCCCCGCUUCGAGGCCCUCAUGGACUACGCCUCGGCCCGCCCCGAGAUCGCCCAGGACCCCGUCUUCCAGCUCGUCAAGCUCAACAGCGAGGUCGCCCCCGAGGUCCUCAAGAAGCACGGCAAGACCAAGAACCCCUACCCCAACGUCGACUCCAGCUCCGGCGUCCUCUUCCACCACUACGGCUUCCACGAGACCCUGUACUACACCGCCACCUUUGGCGUCUCCCGCGGCCUCGGCCCCCUGGCCCAGCUCAUCUGGGACCGCGCCCUGGGUCUCCCCAUCGAGCGCCCCAAGAGCAUCAACCUCCAGGGUCUCCUCGAGAUUGCCGAGAGCUCAUAGAGGGGGUAGAGGCGGUAGAGGUGGUGCUUUGUGGGUGACCAAACAAAAUUCUGUCGGUCAGGGGAAAAAAACUUGUAUUUAUUUUAAAGGAUAUCUUACUUUUUUGCGCCUUCACAUGUAGAUCACGCCGGUGUUCAUCACAGAUGGUGAGGGUGUAGGUGUCAUAGUGGUUCAUUUAUUGGAUUUUGAUUCAUCUCUUCGGUAUUG